UAGAUGGAAGAAUACUUGAUAAAAUAAGAAACUCCCUUCCUUUUCAUUUGUCAUCUUGCCAUUUUUCUUCUUAUUUUAUAAUACGUUAUCAGCACGAUUGUCUCCACCAUUCAAUUUGUGGCAAGCUCUUAAGGUAAUCAUUUGUUUUCCUAAUUUAAAUUUGAUUUUAGUCUAACAAAUUUUUGUAGCCACAAUGUCAAACUUGACAAAACUUAAAUUUGCCGCCCUUGAUAUAACGGGCUCAAAUUAUUUGCCAUGGAUACUUGAUGCUGAAAUCCAUUUGGCUGCAAAUAAUCUUGGUGAAACAAUUGUUGAGGGAAAUCAAACCUCCUUACAAGAUCGCGCUAAAGCAUUGAUAUUCCUUCGCCAUCAUCUCCAUGAGGGAUUGAAGACUGAAUAUUUGACAAUCAAAGAUCCAUUUGAAUUAUGGCAAAAUUUGAAAGAAAGAUAUGAUCACCAAAAAUCAGUGAUACUGCCAAAAGCUCGUUAUGAAUGGAUGCAUCUACGAUUGCAAGAUUUUAAAUCAGUGAGUGAGUAUAACUCCGUAGUAUUCUGCAUUUCAUCUCAAUUAAAAUUAUGUGGUGAAAAAAUUACUGAUGAAGAUAUGUUGGAGAAAACAUUCUCCACUUUUCAUGCCUCAAAUUUGCUUCCUCAGCAACAAUAUCGAGAGUGUGGCUUUAAAAAAUAUUCAAAUUUGAUAUCAUGUCUUCUUGUUGCUGAACAAAAUAAUGAACUUUUGAUGAAAAAUCAUCAGUCACGGCCUAUUGGUUCAGCCUCAUUACCUGAGGCAAAUGCAACCUCAUAUAAUAAUUAUGGGUGUGGUCGAGGCCGUCGUCAUGGUCGUAAUCGUGGCAAUAACCAUGGGCGAGGGUAUGCCCGUGGUCGAAAUAAUACUUGGCAUCGUAGAGGUUUCAACCCCAAAUAUGAAUCUGUUGAACCAAAGAAUGUAAGGGGUAGAAAUUUACAAAAGAACCCUGCGAAAGUUUCUGAAAGUUUUUGUUAUCGAUGUGGAACAAAAGGACAUUGGGAGCGUGCUUGUCGCACUGCUAGGCAUUUGGUUGAUCUUUACCAAGCCUCACUUAAUGAAAAGGGAAAAGGAAAAGAUCCAGAAAUGAAUUUCAUUGAGCAAAAUAAUGUGGAUCUUGAUACACACCUUGAUGUUGCUGAUUUUUUCGAGGCUGUUGAAAAGCUUAAUGGUGUUGAUGAUACCCAACCAAGAGCUUGACUUAUUAUGUCCUCUUAAAUAAUUUGCCUUUUGUGGCUAUUUCCCUUUUUCUAUAUGUAAUGUUCUUUUUAUAUGCAAUAAAAGAAUAAUCAUUUCAAAAUAUAUAUUGAUUAUUUGUCUCUUCUGUUUCAUUUGUCUUUAUUUAAGACUAAAUGGACUUGGAUGAUGCUAAGAUCAAAGAUGGAGACCUAUGUCUUGUUGACAGUGGCACAGCGCAUACCAUCUUGAGAAAUAAGAAUUAUUUUUCUCA